GAUGGCAGAUUGCGACAAACACACACACACGAACGCGAGUCUGGCUCCCUCUCCCUCUCUCCCUCCCUCUCCCUGGCUCUCCCUCCCUCCUCACAGUAACCAGGUGGAGUGUACGGUGUCUGUCUCCCUCGCUCUCUCCCUGUAAACCGGAAAUAAGGGAGAUAUCGCCGGUUAUCCCUCGUUUUCUCUCCCUUCUCCCACCACCUGCGCCCAGACGUCUCUUUCUCUCGAAGUGGAAAGGGAGAUACUGGCAUUCUCUCCCUCUCUAUCCCACCUCCUCCUCCUCCUCCUCUGGUGUUGUGUGGUGGUGAUGGUGUGUUAGCGGUGGUGGUGGUGUUGGUGGUGGUGUUGUGGUGGUGGUGGUGUUGUUGGUGUUGGAGGUGAAUGGAGUCCUGUCUGGCGGGUUCCCUACUGUAGUGUGAGCAUAUGGUGAGCAUAAAGAUGAGCGAGACUAAGGAAGAGGCGGUCUGCAACAAUGCCAACAACCACCGCCAGCAGCUGCUUAACCACCAGCAGGAGAUAGACCGCGAUCUCGAGGCGGGCUCCUGCGGCGACGAUGACGACGAGGAGACCCAGCUGCGCCUAGACGAUGAGGACGGGGUCGAGGGCGAGGAGGGGGAGGCUGUAGAGGGCGAGGAGGGUGAGGAGGGCGAGUCUGCGAAAACUAAGCAGGUUAUCCCUCCCCUCUAUAACGUCGAGCCUGGAUGCACGGCGCUGGGUUGCUAUUCCGCCAUUGCCACGCUGAUAGUCAUGGUUAUCGGUAUCGUGGCACUGCUGAUGUACUCCUCGCCGGGGAACGUGAGGGCCGAUAAGCUGGUAUUUCCGAACGUGACCUUAGCGCCGGAUGAGGAGGAAUUGCUGCUGGAUGAGGAGGUGGUGUCAUCCAUCUCCCCGUCUAUGAACAUCCUCCUCGGGAACGGCACCAGGGAGGGGAGUGGUGAUGAGUGAGGGAGUGUGUGUGUGUGUCUGUGUGUGGGGGAUGUUACUGAGGGUGUUGAAGGAAUGUAAAGGUGUUAUGAUGGUCAGGUACGUGUGUGUGUGUGUGUGUGUGUGUGUGUGUGUGUGUGUGUGUGUGUGUGUGUGUGUGUGUGUGUGUGUGUGUGUGUGUGUGUGUGUGUUUGUGUGUGUAGGGGGGAUGUUACUAAGGGUGUUGAAGGAAUGUAGUGAUGUUAUGAUGGUAAGGUACGCGUGUGUGUGUGUGUGUGUGUGUGUGUGUGUGUGUGUGUGUGUGUGUGUGUGUGUGUGUGUGUGUGUGUGUGUGUGUGUGUGUGUGUGUGUGUGUGUGUGUGUGUGUGUGUGUGUGUGUGUGUGUGUGUGUGUGUGUGUGUGAGUUUAGGUGUGUGUGUUUGAUUGUUUGACUGUUUGUUUGUCUGUCUAACGUUUUUAUUUUUAUCUUCUUUUCCUCUUUUUUCUUGUCUUUCUCUUCGUUUUUUGCCUGUUUCCUUUUCCUCUUGUUUCUUUUCUUCCUUUUCCUCUUUGCUUCUUUCAUCUUUGUCUUCGUUUUUGUAUCUCCAUUUCAUCUUUUUUUCUUCUUUCUCUUCGUUUGUAAUCUCUCUCCCUCUUUCUUCUUAUUUCACUUCCAUUUUGUUGUUUUUUCCUCCUCUUUCUUCUGUUUUCAUCUUCCUUUCCUCUUUCUUCUUCCUCUUUUCUCUCUAUGUAAUGUUUCCCGUCCUCUGAUUCGCCGUUCGCUUAAUGACGUCAGCCGUCCUCGCAAUCCUAUUGGACGAGACCUUCCACCAAUCAGAAGCGGAAUACGAGACUCCAAAUAGUAACUGGUUGAUCGCUUACAACAAAUUUCCUUCACUUUUUCUCUCUUUUCUCUCGUUUCUCUUGUUAUAAUUCACUUUAACUUAUUUGAAAGUCUAAAAAAGGUGAAUAUACAUGCUAGAAAGAACAAUAAUCAAAUGUUCUAAUACUCAUAGCGUAAGGAGAGGAUGUUAAUUUAGUUCACGUUGUUAUUAUUGCCGUGUGUUAGCCAAGUUGUUAUUGUUGAGGCGUAUCAGCCAAUCACAACACGUCACCAACAUCUGCCGCCGACCAAUCAAAAGGCUUCAUUUAUCCUUAUUUAGUAUAUUUAUGCGUUGUUGUUUAAAUGAAUCUCGCACGACGAUUUUUUUGGCUUGAUCAUUAUAAAUACUCUUAGAUUAUUUGUGUUAUUUUAGUAUUAUUUAUUGUUUUUGCUAGUUUAUUAUUAGUAUUUAUACGAAGAUUGUACAAUAUUUUGCUGCAUGUACGAUAUCUCUAUUCUAUAACAAUUUUACGAUAUCUGAUAGUACACGAUGCACAAAUUACUUAUACAAAGAUUGUGAAAUAUUUUGCUAUAUAUACGUACGAUAUCUAUUCUGCGAUUUCCGUAUGUUCUCUGGCAAUUUUGGCUUACGAGUUAUGGUUUACAAUGCACAAAUUAUUUUUAUGAAGAUUGUAAGAUAUUUUGCUACACCUACGUACGAUAUCUCUGUGAUGCUUGUAUGCUGUAUGAUAAUUUUACAACUUACAGGUCGAGAUACAUAUAUAUUGCCACAACAUUAUAAUUAUCGAGUACACAACAUUAUGCUCUCAUUACCGUUUGUUCACGCCGUCCCAUAGGAAACGUACUAGAAAUCGUACAGUAUAAGUUGGUCCGGAAGCCCCGCCCCCUCUUCCAUAGCCAAGGGAGCUGAUUGGUUGGAGGAAAGGAGCUUGGAGUUAGGAGUCAAUGUUAUCCACUGGUCUCUAAUAUAACUGGAUUGGCUUUCUCUGUACUAUAACCAGGGAGGAGUUUUAAAGCCCGCAGCCGCUACCUUGAAAUUCCCACGGGUCGAGGUAUCUAUAUAUUACGAGAUAUUAGAGAUCAGUGAGGUUGUCUUGUAUGGAGGAUGAAGAAGGGGACGGGUGUGCUGUAUUUUGUAUGGAGGAUGAAGAAGGGGACGGGUGUGCUGUAUUUUGUAUGGAGGAUGAAGAAGGGGACGGGUGUGCUGUAUUUUGUAUGGAGGAUGAAGAAGGGGACGGGUGUGCUGUAUUUUGUAUGGAGGAUGAAGAAGGGGACGGGUGUGCUGUAUUUUGUAAGAAGGGUGAGGAAGGGGGCGGGGGUACUGGACCAAUUUAGUGUGUGGCGAAUAUAUCUGAUUGUUAUAUUACCGUUGUUUUGACCCAUUGUAUAUUGUUAAUCCCAUGUACUGAGUGUUAGCUUGUUAAACUUUCAUAUUCUAACCCAUUCAUUGUGAUAUUAUUAGUUGAUGGUUGGUUUUGCGAAGUUUUAAUGAAGGAAAGGUGGAAAAAUAGGUGUGUGUGUGUGUGCGUGUGUGUGUGUGUGUGUGUGUGUGUGUGUGUGUGUGUGUGUGUGUGUGUGUGUGUGUGUGUGUGUGUGUGUGUGUGUGUGUGUGUGUGUGUGUUCGUUUCUCAUACACUUUCAAUUCAGCGUAUAUGAAAAAGAAAAAAAGUAUAUCAAAACAGAAGAAAUAAUACUAACUUUAGUGUGUGUGUGUGUGUGUGUGUGUGUGUGUGUGUGUGUGUGUGUGUGUAAAUACUUUAUGCUAACUUGCUUUUUUUUUUUUAAAUAUUUCGUUAGUUUUCUUAAUAAUUCAAUUUUUAAUACUACACUUUAAUACACCUAAAAAUAAGCUUCUACGAAAAACAAAACAAAUACAAAAAAAGAGAAGAAAUAAUUGUAACUUAAGUGUGUGUUAAUACUUUAUGCAAACUUUCUUUCACACGCACAAACACAAAAACAAGAAAGAAGUGUGUUUAAGAUUAUGGCUUCUACAAUACAGGACUUUUUACUGUGUUUCCAGAUACAAAUAAUAGAUGGCGCCACUUGUAACAUAUCCCAAUCCCUUAUCCUGUCUGUAUCAAGCAUUUAAACCCAUUGGAACCCCUUAAGAUUCAUUAGAACCUCUCAAAACAUCAUAAGUCCCAAUUUCUCCAACAUCUCGGAGCUCACACGCCCAUAUUCGCUAAGGCUUUGGUAGAGGAUGUUGAUAGUAUUUCCAUGGGUAGUUUUACGAGCCUGGUGAUAGUUUGACAAGGCUUCUGCAUCAUUAACGUGGAUACACAUUCAUGAGAUCCAGUCUAACCUCCUUUGUGGCCUUUGGAAAUAGUUGAUGUGGGAAACGAAAGCGUGGGACCGUACGGGAGAGAUUAAGACCGCUAGCGCCAUCUAUCGGGAAGAAAUUUUUAAAAGUUCCCCAUUAAAAGUUGUUGAUUUUGAGGUGCUUUGUUUACGGUUUGUUGUUUGUGUGUGAUUGUUUACUCGUGUGUUUGUGAAUGUUGUUGUUGUUAUUGUUUGCUUUGUUUGUGUUUUGUUCAGUUCCCGUUUUGCUGUUUGUGUGUUUGUGUACAUAUCUAUAUAACGUUUGUUUGUUGGGAAAUACUCAGUACAUAAUGAAGUGGUAUGUGUGUGCGUGUGUGUGUGUGUGUGUGUGUGUGUGUGUGUGUGUGUGUGGUGAUGGUGAUGAUGCAAGAGCUUAGUAGUAAUGGUGAUGAUGGAGGUGAUGGUGAAGAUGUUGAUGACAGAGGUGGUGAUGAUGGUGAUGAUAGUGUUGAUGAUGGUGAUGAUGGUGAUGAUGGUGAUGAAGAUGGUGGUUCGUCAUUAGCUUUCAUUGUACAGUUAUUUACAUCCGGUAAUUACACAACUUAUGGUCAUUAUAAUAUUAAGACGAAACUAUAAUGAACAAAAAAACAACAAAAACACAAAAAAAAACAUUCAUAUACAAAGUGACUUCGAUUUACAUGUUUUUUUCUUCUUUUUUUCUUCCUCGCUUCUUGAAAAUUAAUAAAAUAGAUAAAAUAAAUAAAUAAAAAUAAUAAUAAUGUUACGUUUUCACCCAAAAUACGAACUUAAUAAAAAUGAUAAUAAUAAAAUAAGGUCCAAUUGAUUUUCCUCUUUAUUAUCUCUAUUUUCUUUAUUGUUUUAUUUAUUACGAAAUGAAACGAAAGAAAGAAAACGGAGAAAACAACCAUGAAAUCGGGGUCACUUAAAUAAUAAUAAUGAUAAUAAUAAUAAUAAUAAUAAUAAUAAUAAUAAUAGUAAUAAUAAUAAUAAUGAUAAUAAUACUAGUUCUAUCAUCGUAGGUUUAAUAAUUACUCACUUUCUUUCACUUUUCAUGGUCACUCAUUUUCUCGGUCAUUUUCGCUUUCCACACUUAUAAGGAAAAAGAGAAAAAAAGAAAAAGAUUUGAAGAAAGAUGAAGAAAAAAUCAAAUAAAAAAUAAUUAUAUAUCUUC